AUGGCUAACGAAAUGAGCGUGCCUAGGACAACAAAAAGAACAUUAGCCUAUAUCGCAGAGGACUCUGACAGGAAAGCCACGUUCAAGAAGAGAAAGAAGAGUUUGGUGAAGAAGGCACGGGAGCUGAGCGUGCUGUGCGGCGUUACGGUGUGCGCCGUGGUGGGCAGCCCUUUUAGGGAGAUUGGGACGGAGGUUUUUCCAGACGAGGGCGGGGUGCGGGAGGGGUAUGCGCGGUUUCAGAGCAUGACAGAGGCGGAGCAGACUCGGAAGAAGUUUAGCCAGGAGAUGAUUACUGCAGAUAUGGUUGAGAAGGUGAGAGGUAAGGCGCUAAAAGUGUCGAUGGGGAAUAGGGAAAGGGAAAUGACUGAGGUGAUGUUUCAGUGCUUGGGUGGAAAGCAGAUUAACGAUGCUAUGAAUUUGGUUGAUCUCAAUGACUUAGCUUUGUUCACCCAAAGGCAUUUGGAGGAAAUUACUGGCAAGCUUGCGGCUCUCGGGGAGGCUGAUUCAGCUUUGAUGCCUCCCCCUCCUCCUCCUUCCAUGAAUAUUUUGUCUGUUCCCAAUGCUCCUCCUCCUUUUGCUUCCAUGAUGAAUAUUAUGGCUGCUCGCAAUGCUCCUCCUCCUCUUGCUUCCAUGAAUAUUAUGUCUGUUCCCAAUGCUCCUCCUCUUGCUCCCAUGAUGAAUAUUAUGGCUGCUCUCAAUGCUCCUCCUCCUGCUCCAAUGAAUAUUAUGUCUGCUCCCAAUGCUCUUCCUCCUUUUGCUCCAAUGAAUAUUAUGUCUGCUCCCAAUGCUCCUCCUCUUGCUCCAAUGAAUAUUAUGGCUGCUCCCAAUGCUCCUCCUCCUCUUGCUCCAAUGAAUAUUAUGUCUGCUCCCAAUGCUCCUCCUCUUGCUCCAAUGAAUAUUAUGGCUGCUCCCAAUGCUCCUCCUCCUCUUGCUCCAAUGAAUAUUAUGUCUGCUCCCAAUGCUCCUCCUCUUGCUCCAAUGAAUAUUAUGGCUGCUCCCAAUGCUCCUCCUCCUCUUGCUCCAAUGAAUAUUAUGUCUGCUCCCAAUGCUCCUCCUCUUGCUCCAAUGAAUAUUAUGGCUGCUCCCAAUGCUCCUCCUCCUUUUGCUUCCAUGAAUAUUAUGGCUGCUCCCAAUGCUCCUCCUCUUGCUCCCAUGAAUAAUAUGGCUGCUGGCAUGCAAAAUUAUCAAGGUAAUGGAGACAUGCUAACUCCACUGUUGCCCAACAAUCGCCCAGAGGGACCUGCAUGCUGA